UGUUGCAGCUGCAGGGACCACGACUGACAUGAGGGCUGCGUUCCUGGUGCUGCUCCUCUGGGCUGUGGCCUGUGCUCACCCUGUGCCUGGCCAUGAACCCACCCACCCCAGCACCCUGCAGGAGGAUGCCACAAAUGAAGAUUACAUGGGCAAGCUGGGCAACCACCUAGAUGGAGGAGAUGGCAGACAUCCUCCUGCUGGUCCAGAGACAGGGGACAAUGCCCUUGCCAGGGACCUGAGAGGGGGGAAUGCCGUGGAUCAGGAGCUGGGUGAGCUCAGAGGCCAAGACGUGGGAGGCCAAGUCGGGCAGGUCCAGCACGUGAACCAGGUGGACCAGGAGGACACGGGCGCCCACAAUGGGAACGACCUCGGUUUCCUGGAGGCGGAUGCCCGUGACACCGAUGACGGUGUCAGAGACCACUACGGCGCCGGAGCCAGCGCGCUUCCCUCGCAGGGCGGCGGGUUCCUGGACGAGGAGGAUGACAGCGGGGACGACACCUUCGACGCCAACGGGCAGGAGGAGAGGGGGGAAGGCCCCACCUACGUGUAUGGCGCUGAUGGGGCCGGGGCCCAGGAGCAGGAUGCCGGCCCUGGGGAUGGCGGGGCUGGCGGGGGGCACGGCGACAGCAGCAGCAGCAGCAGCAGCAGCGAGAGCGGCGGGGCAGAGCGCCGGUACAGGAGCUACGGCUUCGGGCGCGCCCACGGGCACGGAGGGGCCAGCAGCAGCAGCCAGGAGGAGAGCUACGACUUCCAGGAUGAAGGCAUGCAGGGGGACGAUCCCUCUGUGUUUGACGGCCCGGGCAGCAGCUACAGGAUGCGCCACGCUGGGCCCCGUGCCCUGGGGAACAGCUGGGAGAGCGCCCUGGGGGCUGGAUCCCACCGCUGGGAGGAGGGCAACAGCAGGUCCCCCGAGGUGCAGGAUGGUGACUCUGGAGAGGACAGCCCGUCCCUGGAGGACAACAGUCAGUCAGAAGAGCCUGUUGACAGCCAGUCAGAGGAAAAAAGCUCCAGCCACUCCAGGGAGGAUGGGGACGGGGAUGGGGAGGACAGCCCCUCCAGGGAGGAUGAGGACAGCGAGUCCAGGGAGAGCACUGAUGAGCAGCAGUCAGAUGAGGAGCCACGGGAGACUCCAGAGGUGGUGAGAACCUUGAAUGAGCACAGCAACAGCCAGACCUGGGAAGGGCAGGAGGACUGGGACUCUGCUGAGGACAGGAAUGUGCCCUCCACGCCGGACAGCGAGUCCAGGGAAGAAGAGGGUGAGCUGAGCAAGUCCAGGGAAGAUGAAGAUGACCAGAGCCAGUCCACAGAGGACACUGCGGAGGAGUCAGAGGAGGGUGAGAGUGACUCUGCGCCGAGCACAUCAGCCGAGAGCCCGGAGUCCCCCGAGGGUGACAGCAGCCCAGAGGACAACACGGCUGAGGACAGCAGGUCCGCAGAGAGCGACAACAGCGAGUCCCAGGAGGAUGGCGAGGCAGAGAGCCAGUCCCAGGAGGAUGGCAGCCCCGAGUCCAGCAGCCACGGGGACGACAGCUCCCUGCAGAGCCUGGAGAGCGAGGCCCGCAGGCGGCGGCCGGGCGCGCUGCGCCACAGGCCCGCUGCCGACCACGACGACAACGACUGCCAGGACGGGUACUGAGCCUGCCCGGGCUGGGGGUGGGCGAGGAGGGGUUAAUUUAUUUGCCUUAUAGCCUGGUUGGCUGCUUCUCGAGAAGGUGCUGUGGUUAAACGGAGUGGGGUUCGCCGGGGCCGGGCCUGGGCACGCUGCACAGGGCAUGGAGGGGAUGCCAGGCACAGGGAGAACGCCCAGGCGCAGCGAGAAAAGGCAUUUUCUGUGUCAAACUGAGGGCAGCUGGGAGCUGUGGGUGCCAGCAGGAUGGUGCUGCCCACUGGGCACAGUGGUGGCUUGGCGCUCCUGGGCAUGCUGGGCAGAGAGGUCCCUGUGCUCACCCCCUGUGUUUACCUACCACUGCCCUAAACACGUGUGCCAGGCUCCAGCUGGAGCUUUCCAUUGACUCCAUGUCCAGCACAUAACAAGGAAAAGCUACAGCUGGUGUGCACCUUGUGCAUGGGCACAGCAGGGUGGGAAGUACCACUUCAGGAUGGGAUGUAUGUAAUAUUUCUAUUAUUUUGUAAGAAAAUGUACAGAAAAAAUUAUACUGCACCCUUUUUGCACUUGUAUUUCAAAGCUGAAAUGUACCCUGUUGAUUUCUUUAAUCACCAUUAAAACCACCAAACUCCACUGU